UCUCCCCAACAACUGUGCUUAACCAAACACACCGCAUAGUAUCGCUUCAUUUUCUUCAAGCUCUCGAUUUUGCCCCCCAAAACUUCUCUAUAAAAUUAUAAAUUCCCGUCUCGUCCCGAUUCCACCGUUUCUGGUUCGUCCAAAUCACCGGAAAUCUCUCUCGUCUGCAUUUUCCUUCUGCCAAUGGAAUCCUCCGCCGCUCUCCGAUCCUUCAACUGUUCUGUCGGCACAGUUUCCCAUGUCCGGUCCUUGCUUGACAAGCCUGGUGUGUUGCCUGUGCACAAUACCAGAAGGCCCGUGCCAAGUAGGUCAUAUUUCCAAGGCUCGAUGGUUAGUGAGAAGUUCAUUUAUUCUUCACAAAAGCGAAAGGGAGUGCUAGUAUCAUGUGUGAAGACAUCUGAUGCUACCAAGAGUGAAAAUUCCAGCGUUUCAGCAGAUGGUAAACCACAAGGCUCAUCAGAAAAAGCUACCCAACCUACAAUUUUUCCUAGAGGAUUUGAGGCACUGAUGCUGGAGGUUUGUGAUGAGACUGAGGUUGCUGAACUGAAACUUAAGGUUGGAGACUUUGAAAUGCAUUUGAAGCGGAACAUUGCAGGCACCAGUGCCCCAGUGCCUAGCAUCUCGCCAGCAACACCACCACCUGUUCCAUCUGCACCUAUGGAUUCAACUCCUGCUCCCCCUCCAGCAUCACCACCAAAAUCUUCUGAAAAGACCACUCCAUUUACAAACUUAUCUGCAGACAAGUCAUCAAGAUUAGCAGCCUUGGAGGCUUCCGGUGCUAAUGGAUAUGGUCUGGUUUCUUCUCCAACGGUUGGUUCAUUCCGCAGGGGAAGAACGGUGAAAGGAAAGAAGCAACCUCCCAUCUGUAAAGAGGGUGAUUUGAUCAAACAAGGACAGGUAGUCGGAUAUGUGGAUCAGUUUGGCACCGAACUUCCUGUGAAGACUGAUUUGGGUGGAGAAGUUUUGAAGCUCCUCUUCAAUGACGGAGAAGCCGUUGGUUUCGGAGACCCCCUUAUCGCUGUCUUGCCCUCAUUUCCCGGUAUCCAGUGAGCUCCCUCUCUCUCUCUCUCUCUCUCUUCCCUGUAAUCGCUGUUGAAGAGCUCCGAAGCUUGCAGUUUUCCAGAGUCAUUCUUUCCGUUGUCUAUUUUACCUUGUCGCAUUAGAGGUCAAGCGUAUUUUACGAUUUGUACUUUGAUAUUCUGGUCAGUAAAAUUGACUGUUGUAGUCUUGUAGUUCAAGCAAUAACUCGAUUGAGCUUGUAUAAUCGUUGUGUUAGACGUACUGUUUUGUUUGUUGUAAGAGGUUACUUGCUAGAUUUGUUUGCUAAUGGAGGAAAACUUUACCACUAAA